UUACCUGCUCUCACCCCAGGUAAUUGAAAUUGACUCAAAACGGAUCAAUUCAAAAUACCCUGGUCCGAUCCAAACAUUAAUUUGAUCCGGUGCACACCCCUACUAAUAAAAACUAAAUUAGCUUUGCCUUACUUGCCAACAUGACAGAUAAUUCAGCCUGCAAGUAUUAUCAAGUCCCAACUAAUUCCUUGUUUAGGUGGGCAAAAGGAGGAAGAAAUAUUAAUCAAUAUAGCACGUGAAAAUGUUCCAAGUAUUUACCAAAAUAAGAAAUGUUCUAGUUUUUCAACAAGCAACCAAACAAGGCAUAAUCUCCCUGUUUCAAUUAAUUAAAUGGCUGCUUCCAUGCCCUAUCCACAAGUUGAAUAAUUGCAUUGCCUUCCUUUUAAAGCUAACGAGGAAGAUGACUGUGAGAGGCCAAACUUUGACAAAUAAAACUCCCAAGAGGUUGUCAACCCAAGUAGACUCGUCAGUUGGCCCACUUUGAUCCUGACCCGAUGAGAAAUAUGAGUUGUAUAUAUUUGUCAGAUCGAUCGUUGCAAGGUAUCGGGUUAGAUGUUAAAUUGUGUCAUUUUUUUCUUUAAUUAGAGAAAUGAGCCUAUUUUUCCUGUUUUGUUUUUCGCUUAACCCAAUCUUGAGAAUUCUAAGUUGAACAUUUGAAUAUUGAAGUUAUAUAAGUGUGUGUAAAUUUUCACUAUGUAUUGGAUCCAAAUACGCCAUGUUAUUUUAGUGUAAUAGUAUAUGUCAUUACUCAUAUAUUAUAUAAGAUUUUAUAUAAUUUAUAAAUGUAUGAACAAUAUAAUUACUUUUUUUAUAUAUCCGUACUAACACGAUCGAACCAGUAACUUUCAACUCACUUACUCGACGUGGCCAACGGGCUAAAACCGGUUCGACAACCUUCCCAACAACAUUCAUGUCCCCAUCAUUUCUCCGUUGACUAUUGAAAUCUUGGGCCGAUGUGCAAGCUUCCUAAAAAAAACUCCCUCGAUUCCCAUGUUUUACAUAGAUUAUGUUCCAAUUCGCUAUAUAUUUGCUUAUUUAUUUCAGCCACGAUGUGUGUAUAUAGCAAGAGCUUUUCCAUGCUUCUACAGUUACCAAAUAUGAAGAUCAUCCAGCAGGCAAUGGCGGCCCUGGUGUUUGCUCUGCUUCUGAUCGCUCUGCCCAGACCAUCAACAGCUUCAUCCGUCAUCGUCAUAGGCGCCGGAAUGUCAGGGAUUUUCGCUGCAAAGACGUUGUAUGAAGCUGGAGUAACGGACAUUGUGAUACUGGAAGGCAGCUCAAGGAUCGGCGGGCGAAUGAUGAAGGCAGAGCUCGGCGGUUACACCGUCGAAACGGGCGCGAAUUGGUACAACACCGGAGGGCCUCUGCAGAAUGUUGUAGCUUCUCUAGCCAACAAGACGAAGCUCAGAUCUUCUCGCAAUGACAACCUCAACAUGUCAGCAAACACCUACGGACAAGAAGGAAGUUUGUACCCCAAGCAAUUGGUGGAACAAGUCCAGAAGGUUUCCUCCGAUAAGGAAAGUUUCUACGAAAGGUAUUCUGCAGUACUGAGUUCCAUUUCCAAAGCCGAGGGAGUCGACAUUGAUGUGUCCGUCUGGAAGCGCAGAGGCUGUUUGGAAAGUAAGCAAACAUGUCUUGAUUUGGUUAUCUUAUUGGACAGUCAUGUCGAUUACAGAGUGAUAAUGAGUUGCUUGCCUCCUCUGUUUUUUGGGGGGGACAGUGUUCCAUCGAGUUCACUAGAAAUGGUGAUAGACUACUUCAACAAUGAUUACGAAGAUGGAGAUCCCCCCAUGGUUUCAAGCUUGAAGCACACAUACCCUCGUCGCGAGGCCAUGGACCAUGGCGACGUGACCAAUUUCGUGUGUGAUCCGAGAGGGUUCGAGGUUUUGGUUCAGGAUCUUGCAUGCCAGUUCGUCAACCGUAGCAGCAAGCACUCCAAGCUCUUGCUCGACAAGGUUGUUAAGGAGAUAUUCUACACGACAAACAGAGGAGUCAGGGUCGAAACAGAGGAUGGGUCUGCUUACCAAGCUAAGUACGCCGUCGUGUCUGUCAGCCUCGGCGUGCUUCAGAGUAACCUCAUCCGCUUCGCUCCGACCUUACCCCGGUGGAAGACGGAUGCGAUAUCGCGCUUCGACAUGGCGGUGUACACCAAGAUUUUCUUGAAAUUCCCUUACAGGUUCUGGCCCGCCGGUCCUGGAACAGGGUAUUUUUUCUACGCCCACGCUCGUCGCGGAUACUAUCCAGUAUGGCAGCAUCUGGAGAACGAGUAUCCAGGGUCGAACAUACUAUUCGCCACGGUAACUGGGGACGAGUCGAGAAGGAUCGAGAGAUUGCCGGACGAAGAUGUACAGAAAGAGGCCAUGGAUGUGCUGAGAAAGAUAUACGGGAAUGGGAUUCCGGAGCCAGAAAGGAUCUUGGUGCCGAGGUGGGCGAUGGACAGGUUGUAUAAAGGAAGUUACUCGAACUGGCCAAAUGGUUACACCAAAGCCAAGCACGACCAACUUCGGGCUCAGGUGGGUUCUGUUUAUUUUACUGGGGAGCACACCAGCAGUAAAUAUUUUGGUUACCUGACUGGAGCUUACUUAGGAGGAAUCGACACUGCUAAAGAUUUAAUAAAAUCCAUCAAGGCUGAACGAGGAAUGACAUUAUCUCGCAAAAGUAUUGUGGAUAUCAGAUUUGAAAAAUGAUGAUUGUACGGUGCGACAAUUAUUGAAUUUCAGAAAUAUGUUGAUUGCGGUUUAAAUUGUACGGUGGAUUUUUUUUAUUAUUAUCCGGAAGAAACUAACUUUACAACUCCAUUAACGGUAAGACGGCAGUCUUAAUUACUAAAUUGAAUUCGAUUUACUUUUUUUAUUUUACACUUUUGUGAGACAGUUUGAACGAGUCGGCGGUAGACUCUUGGAUGGACGACAUGUAUUUGAAUUCGUUUAUAACUUGUGAUAAAUUUAGUUUAAUAUGUGAUGCCUUUUAUGUCAUUAUAUCGUAUGAACGGUUCCAUCAACAACGACACUAUAGCGAUUAAUCGCUAAAUCAUAAACAACUAAUUACUUUUUUGAUUAAGCGACGACUCAUAUGGUUAUGAAUACAGGAUAAGAUCAUUACAUGUACUUUGAUGAGCUCCGAUCAAUUCCAACGGUCAAUUAUUCUUUUAUCUUAAAUUGAACUUCGAAUUUAACCGUUUGAGUUUAGAUAAUCGGGACCCAGAGUUUAUUCAUUAAAAGUUAGCGUAUAGU